AUGGGGCUGCGUAACACCCUUAAUAAUAACGCCGGCGUAUCGAUCCUGCGCGUCGCAACCCUCACCUUGCAACGCGGAGAAUCGACCGCGAUUUUGGCGUGCAGGAAAAUCGGUCGACAGUGUUUCGCGUUAAAAUCCAGCAAGAAAAACCGCGGACUGACGAUGCAGGAGGGCAGGGAAUAUGCGGCGCCUCCAAAGGCGCCCAGGCCCUUGGUGGACCCCGAAGCCCAAGGCGAAGUCGACCCUUCCCUUUACCCGGAACCGAAGGAGGCCACCCACAAAAUCAGAGGCAAAUCCGACAUCCUGGAGCACGUGUUCGGUCCUGUCGAUCCCGAGCUUUUGGUGGUCAAGAGCUUCUACUUCUUCUUCUACUCCGCCUUCGGAUCGCUGUUUCCGCUCAUGGGCGUCUAUUUCAAGCAAAUGGGCAUGAACGCCACCCAGAGCGGCUUCCUCAUAGGAUCGCGCCCCUUUGUGGAGUUCUUGGCCGCCCCGUUCUGGGGCAGUUUGGCCGACCGGUGGCAGAAGGGCAAAGUGCUGCUGUUGGCCUCCAUCGCGUGCUGGAUUAUUUUCACCGUACCCUUGGGUUCUAUUCAGCCGCCCGCCAUUUCUUGCAUGACUUCCCUGAACAACUCGCCAGUGCUCACAGUGCCUGAAGUGUCCCAGCAUCUGGUCAACAAGCGCUCGGUGCCCGAUACGGUUCUGCACGAAAGCUAUAAAAGGCGUGUACGCUCGACCAGGGCUCUGUACAAUAUCAGCGCGGGCCAGUCCCCAGUGACAGUGGGCUACGCCUCCAACUACAAGGAGGCGGAGCAUGGCGCCUGGGUGAAACCCAUCAUCUCCACGAUCGUCUACAAGACCACGGACAUUCAGAAGGCCUUCUUUCUGCUGAUGCUUCUGAUCAUCAUUGGGGAAUUUUUCGCUGCGCCCGCCAUCACACUGGCAGACUCCGCUGUAAUCACGAUUCUAGGCGAGGACGCCGACACCUACAGCAACCAGAGGAUGUUUGGAUCAUUCGGCUGGGGCCUGGCCAUGUUCUUCGUAGGAAUCGCCCUGGACCAUUCGACAUCGUUCCCCAACCAUCCCUGCGGCCCUGACACGAAGGAGCGCAACUACACCAUUUGCUUUGCCACGUUCUCCGUCCUGAUGGGCGCCGCCCUAAUCACAGCCACCCAGAUUAACUUCAAGUAUGAGGCGGCAGGUCGGGAACCGGGAAACCGCGCCCCCAGUGUAGACCACGAACUGGUGCUGUCUAAGGAGGAUCAGAUGCAGGCACAGCUGGCCGAACAGCUCAACCUGCCGUCGUUGGCGGACACCAGGGCAGAGGUGACAUCAGCGCCUAAGGAGCAGAAGGUAUUGUAUCCUGGGCAGGUUGAAAGCGUACGCAAAACGUACUCACUUCGGGAACGUUUGCAGAGCAAAAUCUUCGCGCAGACCAUCCGCGAAAUGCCCGAAUGGGUGACGGUGCUCGGUCACUUCAAAAACCUCAAGUGCCUCUCCUUCCUGUUCGUCGCCUGGUUCAUGGGCUUCGGCAUCGGGCUGAUCUUCACCUUCCUGUUCUGGCACCUGCAGGACUACGAUGGCACGCCCACCCUCUUUGGAGUCGCCUCUGUGAUCAAUCACAUCUCCGAGAUUUUCGCCUACUUUUUCAGUUUCCGCCUCAUCAGGCAGCUGGGCCACGUGAAGGUGCUCUGUUUGGGGCUGGUGGCCAACAUUCUGCGUUUCCUCUACAUCUCGUGGCUGACCAAUCCCUGGUGGGUGCUACCGUUCGAGUUCAUGCAGGGAAUUACACAUGCGGCUGUUUGGGCAGCUUGCUGCUCCUACAUCUCGCACAACACUCCGCCUGAGCUGCGCUCCUCGGCUCAGGGCGUUCUGCAGGGCAUCCAUCAUGGCUUGGGUCGGGGUUGUGGAGCAGUGAUCGGCGGAAUGUUUGUCGCCUCCUUCGGCUCCACCUCCACCUUCAGGGGCUACGGCCUCAUCUGUAUACUGGUGCUGGCCGCAUUCGUCUUCAUCAACUUCUACCGGGUGGACCAGGGCUUCGUGUCCGACCUGCCGCAAACCGAAGACCCCCGACAGGUGGCUGAGGAGACCUUGCAUCUGGCGCCCCAUGGAGUGCCCAGCAAUCCCAUCCCGAGAGCGCUGUCCAGCAAUAAACUGCACGAGCUCGCCCAGGACGGCUAUGGGGCCACCUAUCAGACGGGCCAGGGUGGGACUUUGGAUAUUCCUGGUGGGGCGGGGUACAACCCCUUUCAAGGCACCGGCAGCGCUCAGCAACGAAUAGCACGCAAUCAGGUCGCCAAUGCGGGCAACGCAGCGGCCAGAUGCAACUACCCAACGGCCAGCACUCAGCUGGCGGCUCAGCAACCGCUUACCACCGCCAGUCGAGCUUACGAUUGGUAAGCCAUCCAACUUAACGUAGGUACUUGCGCAUACAACCGAAGUGAACAGAGUUGCCAUCCAGGCAUCGCACUCACUACCGGUGGCUGACGGUUUAAGGCAGGGGCAAGUAAGACGCAUCUGAAAAACGCGGCUUUGGAUUGAAAAUGUUUUCACCAACGCAGCGAACAGUUCGGAUCGGUUUUUCAAUCUAUGAGGCCACCCAUUUGAAAUAGAUAAGUUGAUGCUACUUUUUGGUACAGGCGGCAACGUGCCAUCAACCGUGAGCCACCCUGUAUACGUACAGUUGUGCAUCAUCCUUGUUACAGGCCGCUUAGGGCGGAGCAGUGUUUAGUGUCUCGCACACGAAACACUCUUGUUGAUAACAAUGUUCAGCCAUAUCUGAUAACAGGCCUUUAUUUUCUAGUACGUGUAACCUUUUGGGGGCGCGCCCUGUAUAUUUUUCUGAGCUUCGGCAUUGCUAAAGCGAUCUGGCACGAGCCCAUGAAUGGGCAAAAGCAAACGACAAUCGCCGCGAAAUGAGCCAACACUGCGUUCAGAACAAGGCCCAAGCGCCUACGCCUUGUGCCCAUUUUUCAGCACUGCGGCCUAGGCCUGGGUAACACUGUAUUGAGUUGUUGCCGCUCUCUGACUUAAUAGCGCCCCAUACACGAGCGAAAUAUCUGUCAUAUCUGAUACGUGGCGAGCCAAAUUCGAAGAAAUAUCAGUACGGUAAUGGUUAAGCACGAGCCAGAUACGACUCGAUGCGAAUUUCGUAUAAAAUAAAUCUGCAAAUCUGGACUUGUGGACCAAAUUUCGCCGUUAGUGGGGUACGGGCGAAUACUAGUAUCAGAGAUUAUUGCCGCCUAAGCAGUCAUGCUAUUGCCAUUAGGGCUCGGAAUUUUUAAAAAUCUGAUAUUCAAAU